AUGUAUUCGCACGCCUCCAUCGUUGUCGCCCUAGGCGCACUUGCCGCAGCCGCACCACAGCUGCCAACUCUCUCCGCCGCCACUGCGCCCAUCGCCCCGGUGCGAAGCUCUCAAGUCACCGGAGCCACCUCCCAUGGCCCCUACAGUGGCACACCAACCGUGACAGGUGCCCUGACCAAGCCCACGCUGAUGGCAACUAUUCCUCACCUGCCAGCUCCAGCUCCAUCGUACACCAACGCGAACGGUCUGCUGCAAGCACCUAAUCAGCCUGUGGCAUACCAGCCCGCCGGUGGUAUCAAGACUAAUGGCACUGAGCCAUACUAUCACCCACUUAGCGAUUUCGAUUACGAGUCCUUCACCCUCGCUCUCUACCAGGAAUGGAUUGAGCUUGAUCUGUUCCACCACGGUCUUGCAAGAUUCUCGGCAGCAGAAUUUGAAGCAGCCGGCCUAAAUGCUGAGCACAGGUACUUGAUUGAAUUUAUGGCAAACCAAGAAGUCGGUCACUCGACCCUGCUCUCCAAUAUCCUCGGUGCCGCUGCACCACCACAGUGCACGUACAACUAUCCUUUCACCACCGUCCGAGAGUUCAUCGAUUUCUGCCAACGUCUCACUCGAUUCGGUGAGUCUGGCGUCUAUGGCUUCCUUGGCCACCUCGACUCUCAAGAUGCUGCGACGCUGCUCCUUCAGUCCAUCACAACUGAGGCUCGCCAGCAGAUGAUCUUCCGUCAGUUCCAGGGUCUCUUCCCAAUGCCAGUGUGCUUCGAGGUCGGUAUCCCACAGUCGUGGGCCUGGACUCUGCUUGCGCCAUACAUAUCUUCUUGCCCAGCCAACACUACUAGACUCGCCUGGCAGAACUUCCCGACAUUGGCGAUUUUGGACAACCCAAACACCAAUGCGAUCAACCCUCAGAUCAACGCCAACGCCAGCUACAAUGCUCUGAACGGAUCUGACCCUUCACCAUCCACUGUCCUUGGCAACAACUACUGUGUCAACGCAACCGGGGCUACCGAAGACUGCGACGCUUCCAUCAGCCAGAACAGGACCUACCCUCUUUCUUACCCAGGUCGCCCAAUCUACCUGCGAUGGGGCAAUGCCGGUCAGCCAAUUGGUCCAAACAACUCUUACAUCACCGCACGAUCACCUGUCGCUGAUGCCCCACGAUAUGCCAUGUUCGUUAACCAAUUGAACGCUACUUAUGUUCCUCUCCAGAAUAUCAGCGGCAACACCGCUGUCGCCAUUCAGCCAAACACCAGCACAUUUGCUGGUGACCCAACCAUCAACGGCACAUCAUUCAUUGCCAUUACCAGUUCCAACAUCUAUGUGACCCCAUACAACUUGAGCAUGAUCAACCCAUUCGUGUAUGCCGGUCCAGCCCUCUACUCUUCCGGUUAA